CCUCAAAAUCUGGUCCUGACCGGCGAGUUCCCGGACUGCGACGUGAAACUUUGCGACUUCGGUAUCUCGCGGUACAUCAGCCACGGCGCAGACAUACGGGAGAUUCUGGGCACGCCCGAUUACGUUGCUCCCGAGGUGUUGAGCUACGAACCGAUCAGCUUGGCAACAGACAUGUGGUCCAUCGGAGUUCUGUUGUACGUAUUGCUAACGGGAUGCUCCCCGUUUGGCGGUGACACGAAGCAGGAAACGUUCUGCAACAUUAGCCGAUGUCGCCUGGAUUUCCCCGACGAUCUGUUCGAGGAUGUGUCCGAGGAGGCGCGCGAUCUAAUGCGCAAACUGAUGGUCAAGAAUCCAAACGAACGCUUGACGGCCACGGAGUGUCUGCAGCACCCAUGGUUCAGCAUGUUCGACGACCCCCAGCCGCCAUUAUCCUCCACCUGCCCAGCACUGGACCAAUCGUCCAUCCAAGACGCCUCGUCGACAGAAACAAGCUCGUUCUCGAAACCAGCGGCGAACGACAACCACCAAACAACAACAGUGCCCUCCAUAGUCAAGACCGAGGCCGAGAAACAAAGAUCGUCGACCAGCUGUCAGACGAUCGAAGCAAAACCAACAGCAAACAGAGCGGUCUCCUCGCACACGGAGAACCUGUACACGAAAUCGAAGCUGUCGCCCAAGCCGAGCCGGUUCGGCCUGAGCUCCGAUCGCAGGGACACGUUCAAAAGGAACAUGGACACUCUGGCGCAGAAAUUCUCAGGGACGGAGAUCGUGAUAAUCGAGCCGGUGAAUUCGUCCGGCGGCACGAUCAACACCUCAAGUGUAACAAGCAACACGCAGAGGAGAGCAACGGCCACGCACACGAUGCCAGCUGGCGAGGUGUUCAAGUGCACGCCGGUGUUCAUCCUCGGCGAGGAGCAACAAUGCAGCGACAGCGGCAGCGACUCGGUCUCGGAGAUCUCUACCGACAGCUCCAGCGACCGAAGCAGCAUCUACUCGGACGACUCGUUGGAUUUCAUCCUGUACGGAAAGGGCCAGGGCAGGGCUAGUUUCCCGUUCUCAGCCUCGGAAGCGUCCUCGGACAGAUGGGAGCAGAGGCACCACACCAGGGUCUGGCCGAGAGAGUGCAACGGAGUGGUGAGCAAGGCUCUCAGCCGUUUCUCCUCGGAGAGCUCGAACGCGAAGUUCGGCAAGGCGACGACACCGCCGACGACCGUCCACGGGAAGACUGGAUUGGAGGCACUUCGCGAGAGGGGCGGGAACCUGGUGGUGAUCCGCGAGCCUGUGAGAGCCGGCAGGUACACCAGAUACAGCGAGGUGCAGUGCGAGUCGGUGCAAGCGCGGAUUCGACGAUUUCAAGUCCACGGAGCUUCGUAG